CGUGGGCCGGGAGGUGCGGCUACCCCCAGACCCCGCCAGAGCUGCGACUGGCCCCGUCGCCCCCGGGGCCCUUUGCCACUCCCUCGGGAAGGAGAGCCGAGCCCUUAGUUCCCGGCGGCCCUUGCGGGGCACAGGUGAGCCCUGGCUGCGCGCGCGGCGCCCCCCCCCACCCCGGCGCCUCCCAGAUGGGCAGCAGGAGGCUUCGGAGGUGACGCCCAGGCUCUGAGCUGCCCUAGGUCUGCAGACUAGCGGGCGUUGGCCAGAGACAUGGCCCAGCCGCUGGCCUUCAUCCUCGAUGUCCCUGAAACCCCGGGGGACCAGGGCAGUCAGGAGCCCAGCCCCUACGAUGAAAGCGAAGUGCACGACUCCUUCCACCAGCUCAUCCAAGAACAGAGCCAGUGGGCGGCCCAGGAGGGGCUGGAGCUGCAGCAGAGAGAGCAGGAGGCCACAGGGAGUGGCCAGCAGACGCUCCGGCGGCCCGAGGGCACCCAGAGCACGGCCACACUCCGCAUCCUGGCCAGCAUGCCCAGCCGCACCAUUGGCCGCAGCCGAGGCGCCAUCAUCUCCCAGUACUACAGCCGCACCGUGCAGCUUCGGCGCAGGAGCAGCCGGCCCCUGCUCGGGAACUUCGUCCUCUCUGCCCGGCCCAGCCUCCGCCUGUACGACCUGGAGCUGGACCCCACAGCCCGGGAGGAGGAGGAGAAGCAGAGCCUCCUGGUGAAGGAGCUCCAGAGCCUGGCGGUGGCACAGCGGGACCACAUGCUUCGAGGGAUGCCCUUAAGCCUGGCUGAGAAACGCAGCCUGCGAGAGAAGAGCAGGACCCCGAGGGGGAAGUGGAGGGGCCAGCAGGGCAGCGGCGGGGUCUGCUCCUGCUGUGGCCGGCUCAGAUAUGCCUGCGUGCUGGCCUUGCACAGCCUGGGGCUGGCGCUGCUCUCCGGCCUGCAGGCCCUGACGCCAUGGCGCUAUGCCCUGAAGCGCAUCGGGGGCCAGUUCGGCUCCAGCGUGCUCUCCUACUUCCUCUUCCUCAAGACCCUGCUGGCUUUCAACGCCCUCCUGCAGCUGCUGCUGGUGGCCUUCAUCGUAGGCCCCCAGGUCGCCUUCCCGCCUGCCCUGCCGGGCCCUGCCCCCAUCUGCACAGGCCUGGAGCUCCUCACAGGCGCGGGUUGCUUCACCCACACUGUCAUGUUCUACGGCCACUACAGUAAUGCCACGCUGAACCAGCCGUGUGGCAGCCCCCUGGACGGCAGCCAGUGCACACCCAGGGCGGGCGGCCUGCCCUACAACAUGCCCCUGGCCUACCUCUACACUGUGGGCGCAGGCUUCUUCAUCACCUGCAUCACCCUGGUGUACAGCAUGGCUCACUCUUUCGGGGAGAGCUACCGGGUGGGGAGCACCUCUGGCAUCCACGCCAUCACCGUCUUCUGCUCCUGGGACUACAAGGUGAUGCAGAAGCGGGCCUCCCGCCUCCAGCAGGACAACAUCCGCACCCGGCUGAAGGAGCUGCUGGCCGAGUGGCAGCUGCGGCAGAGCCCCAGGAGCGUGUGCGGGAGGCUGCGGCAGGUGGCCGCGCUGGGGCUUGCAUGGCUGCUGUGUCUGGGGACCGCGCUGGGCUGCGCUGUGGCCAUCCACGUCUUCUCAGAGUUCUUGAUCCAGAGUCCGGAGGCUGCUGGCCAGGAGGCUGCGCUGCUGGUCCUGCCCCUGGUGGUUGGCCUUCUCAACCUGGGGGCCCCCUACCUGUGUCGUGUUCUGGCCGCCCUGGAGCCGCAUGACUCCCCGGUACUGGAGGUGUACGUGGCCAUCUGCAGGAACCUCAUCCUCAAGCUGGCCAUCCUGGGGACACUGUGCUACCACUGGCUGGGCCGCAGGGUGGCUGUCCUGCAGGGUCAGUGCUGGGAGAACUUUGUGGGCCAGGAACUGUACCGGUUUCUGGUGAUGGACUUCGUCCUCAUGCUUCUGGACACGCUUUUUGGGGAACUGGUGUGGAGGAUUAUCUCCGAGAAGAAGCUGAAGAGGAGGCGGAAGCCGGAGUUUGACAUCGCCCGGAAUGUCCUGGAGCUGAUUUACGGGCAGACUCUGACCUGGCUGGGGGUGCUCUUCUCACCCCUCCUCCCCACCGUGCAGAUCAUCAAGCUGCUGCUCGUCUUCUACGUCAAGAAGACCAGCCUUCUGGCCAACUGCCAGGCGCCGCGCCGGCCCUGGCUGGCCUCACACAUGAGCACGGUCUUCCUCACGCUGCUCUGCUUCCCCGCCUUCCUGGGUGCUGCCAUCUUCCUCUGCUACGCAGUCUGGCACCUCUUCCCCAGGGUGAAGCCCUCGAGCACCUGUGGUCCCUUCCGGACCCUGGACAGCAUGUACGAGGCCGGCAGGGUGUGGGUGCGCUACCUGGAGGCGGCGGGCCCCAGGGUCUCCUGGCUGCCCUGGGUGCACCGGUACCUGGUGGAAAACACCUUCUUCGUCUUCCUGGUGUCGGCCCUGCUGCUGGCCGUGAUCUACCUCAACAUCCAGGUGGUGCGGGGCCAGCGGAGGGUCAUCUGCCUGCUCAAGGAGCAGAUCAGCAACGAGGGGAAAGACAAAAUCUUCUUAAUCAACAAGCUUCACUCCAUCUACGAGAGGAAGGAGAGGGAGGAGAGGAGCAGGGUUGGGACAACCGAGGAGACUGCAGCACCCCCCGCCGUGCUCACAGAUGAACGGGAUGACUAGGGGGACAGCGAUGGGCCUCACGGGCCCACCCAGCACCCUGAGACCACACUGGUGCCUCCCAGUGACCCUGCUGGGACAUCAGGACAAAGAAGACACUGUCUCGCCUCUCGAAAGCCGCAGCUGCGCCUGGGCUGGCGCCAGAAGGGUGGGUGAAUCCGGCUUGGGCAUCCACAGGGAACUCUGCCCUGCCUGGGACUCUGUUUCUUCUGAUUAAAGGGGUUUUGCAGAUGGG